GGGGCAGUUCAACAAUAUUAGAGGGGUGUGGCACACGUGAGGCUGUUUACCUUGAUUUAUAUCGAUAUUCUGAAGUAAAUGGCGUCUUUGCUGAGUGGUGGAUCGCGAGGUUUUGAAGGAGUGGGAGAUCGGGACAAGUUCGAGAAAGAGUUGCAUGAGGUACUUGUGAAAGCCAUCAGCUCUACAGAAGCUGCUCCCAAAGAGAAGCAUGUUAGAAAUGUGCUGAUUGCUACUUGGAAGGAGAAAGGUUGUUCCUCUUUAUGGAGAGAGCUGCAUAAGUUUCCAUUAUCCAGUUCACAUGUUGUGUGUUGGAAGGCAUGCUUUGUGGUACACCGCACCUUCAGAGACGGUUUCAACAAUGUGGUCAAGAACACUGGCAAAGAGAUGCGAUACUUGUCUGAUCUAGGCAAGCAUUGGAGUAGAGCAGUGGCUGGAUAUGCUCCUCUGAUCACUGCCUAUAUUAGAGUCCUCAUGAGCAGAGUCAACUUCACCAUCAAGAAUCCUGAGAUUCCUGCUAACUUCAACUUUGAUGAUGUGGCCUUCAAGAUACCAGCAGACAUUGAUCAUGUGUUUCAAUUAGCAGUGGAAGUGUUUGAUGUCCAAUCUUCACUGCUACACCUCUACGCUGCCAUUCUGUCCAAGUUGGACCCCUCCACUAGUCGCACGGUUCACAUGUUGCGUUGUCGACUUGCUCCACUGGUCCCAGCUAUUCAGGACUCUGCUUCAUUGUAUGACAUAGUGUUCAAGCUAAUGAAGGCUCUCCAUGCAGCCUUACCAGCAGACACACUCUCUGGACACAGAGACAGGUUCAUCAGACAAUAUCAAGCAUUAAGGAAGUAUUUCACUGAAGCCAGCAAGAUGGAGUAUGUCCAGUCCCUAGUCACUGUCCCUACAUUAGGCCCUGAGCCUCCCAGUUUCCUACUACCCCACCAACUGAUAGAGUUGGAGUUAGCCAAGCAAGUGCACACAAUACCUCAAGUGGAAGAGGAGUCUCUCACUCAAACACAAGUGGAGGAGAGCAGUGUGUUUGACUCACAGUUUGGUGGCUUGGGGGAAGGAUUUGACUUCCCACAAGCACCCCCUCAGAAGGACGACAGGGACUCGCUCAUUGAACAACUCAUGAGGGAGAUUGUCGAGCUUAAGGAGAAAGUGUCGUUGUUGGAGGGUCAAAGGUCAGCUGAUACAGAGCUUCUGCGUGGAGUGAGAGAGCGGUGUGCACAACUGGAGGCAGAGCUAAAAGACUACAAGGAAAUAGCUGAGCAGACAUGUAAUGAGAACGUACUACUCAAGAGACAGAUAGACGCCUCCACUACCGAGGCUGGAGCACAAAGAGAGGCAGGGGAGAGAGCUAAAGCAGCUGAAGACAAGUUCAGCAAACUGAGGGAAGUGUAUCAGAAGCUUCGCUCUGAACACAUCACUCUCCUGCGCAAGAGCAGUGAGGCUACCAAACAAUUGACCACAGCUAAUGAUCAGAUAUCUGAAAAGGAGGAACAAGCAAAGGAGUUUGAGCUGAAGUUGGCUAGUGUGACACUAGAGGUGGAGGAGCUUAAAGUACACGCUAGUGAUGAGUCAGCACAAGUGUCUGUCCUUCGAGAAGAGCUUCGCAGGAAGGAAGCAAGCUCAGUGGAGUUGGAGCAAGCCCAACAGUCUCUGUCUGAGCAGUUGUCUGCUAAAGAGACUCCUCACAGUUUACUAGUAGCAGCAGUGGACGAGGCUGAGGGAUUGUUGAGGAAGGUGAUGAAGGGGCUGGAUAGUAGUGGGGGGAGUACUUGUACUCCGGACCAUCUCUUGGAGACCACUCACACAACUCUGGACAUUAUUGACAGUACAGCUGGUGCGUUCUCUCUGUACAGCAAGGACCCUCAAGGUCUGAGUGGAGCUCUUUGCUGUCUCCCCUCACUGUCCCACAGUCUAGCAGAGGUGUUGUCUCAGGGGGUCGCUACAUCUCACACCACAUCAGCAGAGGAUGGACAAAAGCUAGUGGCUGGUAGUAAGACGGUGGGUGAAUCUGCUCUCAAGUUCCUAGAGGUUCUCAAGACCCAAGGAGCUGGUUCUGGAGUGAUAGCAUCAGGAGCUAAUGAUGUCCAAACCUCUAUCAGAGGAUUAGAGAGGAUGACACAGGAACUAGUAGCAAGUAUGGCGACUGAUACUGCCACUGAGGACAAGUUGGGAGAUAUAGUUGAAGAAGAGAUGACGGCUACUGCCAGUGCAGUCGAGUCUGCUGCUCUCAGGAUUCAAGAAAUGCUGCGUAAAAGUCGUGAAGAUGAUUCCGGGGUCAAGUUGGAGGUCAAUGAACGUAUACUGGAUUCCUGUACAGAGCUCAUGAAGGCCAUAAAAGUGCUCAUAGCAAGGUCACGUGAUCUACAGGAGGAGAUAAAGCAAGAGGCCCUGGGCACAUUGACUGAUGCAUCUGAGUUCUACCAGAAGAACUCUCGUUGGAGUGAAGGGCUCAUCUCUGCUGCUAAGCAAGUCGGCUGGGGAGCUACUGUGUUGGUUGACUCAGCAGACAAAGUGGUGUCAAGGACGGGCAAGUUUGAGGAGUUGGUAGUAGCCUCUCACAAUAUAGCAGCCAGUACAGCACAACUAGUGGCAGCAUCAAGAGUCAAAGCACGACCCAAGAGCAACCACCUCAAGUCCCUCAAAUCAUCCUCCAGAGCUGUGUCUGAAGCUACUGGGCAAGUGGUGGCCUCCACUCAGAGUGGACUAACACUAGUACGACAAGACAGUGCUGCUAAGAUGGACUACUCUAAUCUCUCUCUCACUCAAGCCAAACGUCUUGAGAUGGAUUGCCAAGUGAAGGCACUUGAGUUGGAGAAGGAGUUAGAGUCAGAACGUACUCGUUUAGCAGAGUUGCGUAAGAUCCACUACAAGUUAGCAGGUGCUAGUGAGGGGUGGGACGAGGAACAGAACUAACAGCAUCAGAGAGACAUAUGUAUAUAAUAGUUAUGAUAUAUUUGUAUCACCCUUUAACUGUUCUAUCCGUUGUGUGUGUGUAUGAUGAUUUUUUCAUAUUAAUGUAUAAUUUUGGAUUGAAACACAUCAUUUGAAAGGAAUUUUUGUAAGCUUUCAGAAUUAACCCCCCCCCCCCCCCCCCACUCUGUUAUGGUUUACAAUGAUUUGGGAAUCUUUCAGCUGCCAUAACUUCAAUUCUGUGGAUCGAAAGUCUAAAAUGUUAUGGUUUUCUGAAUGCUUAGAAAUAGACCUUUCAAAUGGUACCAUCAAAGUUCAUAUUCGAGAGAUAAAAUUAUUUGUUAAUUUAGCCGUACCAUGGAUUAUAGCCCACGGUCCGAGGUCGAAAAAUGACAAAUUAGGGUACGGAAGAAAUUUUGGAUUGAAAGACAUCAUUUGAAAGGAAUUUUUCUAAGCUGUCAGAAUAUCAUUAAAUUUUUGACAUUGGAUAAACUGUGCUGAAGUUAUGACUGUUGAAAGACACCCCCUCAGUUAAAUGGUGAAUCUUUCAGCUGCCACAACUUAAAUUCUGUGGAUUGAAAGUCAAAAAUUUUAUGGUUUUCUGAAUGCUUAGAAACAGACCUUUCAAAUAGUACCAUCAAAGUUUAUAUUCGAGAGAUAAAAUUAUUUGUCAAUUUAGCCGUUAGGAUUAUAGCAGGCAUAUAGCUGUUUGCAUAUAAGCCUCAAUUAGUACCAGCCACGCAUGCAUGCAGGGUUCCAGGCUAUUCUGAGGUCCAGAAAUAUAUAUAGCCAAAAGCAUCUUCCCAAGCAACAUAGCCUUAAAGCAAUAACAUCGUAAAAUAAAAUAAUAUUUACAGUGUUGCCAACACAUAAGACACAGACUCAACAAUGCAUGAAUGUAAAGAAAUGAUUGUCAGUGUCUAUUGUUGUCUUCCUUCUCCCCAUGCAAAUCCACCAGGUCGUUCUUCUGGUGGAGGAACAAAGUCCGGGUCUCCUUGAGGGCCGUCACACAGUCUGUGU